ACAGGUUAAAAAAAAUUCGAAAGUUGGCAAUUCUGAUUUUAGACUGGAAAGCGGCGUUUCUAAAACAAAAAAUAGGUUAUGUUUGAAAAAACCAAAAGCUUACGUUUAGUUGUUAGUUAUUUUUAAUUAAAGAAUACAGUAAAUAAAAACAUAUUCAUAAUGACGAUAGGAAAAAAUAAUAAGAUGGUACAACACAUAAACUUCAGAGUUCGGGUAACUCUGCAAGACUCCCGUACCUUCAUUGGAACUUUCAAAGCGUUCGACAAGCACAUGAAUAUGAUAUUAGGCGACUGUGAAGAGUUUCGGAAAAUUAAAUCAAAACUGUCCAAAGUUGAACGUGAGGAAAAACGAGUAUUAGGAUUUGUUUUACUGAGAGGAGAAAGCAUAGUUUCUUUAACAAUAGAAGGCCCUCCCCCACCAGAAGAAGGUUUACCCAGAGUACCAAUCCCUGGAGCAGCCCCAGGACCAGGAAUUGGUAGAGCUGGAGGUAGAGGAAUGCCACCAGGCAUGGCAGGUGUACCUGUAGGCCUUCAAGGACCUGUAAGAGGAGUGGGAGGACCAUCCCAACAGGUCAUGACACCAGGAGGUAGAGGCCAAGUAUCUGCACCUCCACAGAUGAAUCAAGGACCACCAAGGAUGGGAGGACCACCACCAGGCAUGAUGGGACCACCUCCCGGUAUGAUGGGCAUGGCUCCCCAAAUGGGAAUGGGACGUGGAGGACCACCGCCAAUGGGAAUGAGAGGACCCCCACCUGGUAUGAUGAGAGGUGGACCACCUGGACCUCCAAGACCUUUUUAAUGAAUUAGGAUUAAGUCAACUUUGAUUUUGAAAUGUGUACAAGUUACACAGUUUUGGGUUAAGUGAGUUUUGCAUGUAUAAUAUCGAUAGGAUCAUAAUACCUUUGUAUUUUUUGUUUUGACUUAAAUGCAGAAUACAAUUUUUGUUAACAUAUAACGAAAAAUAUAUCUUUAUUUAAUUUUUUGUA